AAGCCUAAGGGCUGGGGUGUUAAACCCAAUUCCUGUGACAAGCUAAGGAGAGCAUGAAGCACCUUUCCGUCAUGAACGCCGACGACCACCACCGGUGACAUCUUUCCGGCGAGGACCUCAAGAUGGCUUCAACCUCAACCACCACCUUCCCCAUCUCCUACUCACAAUCCCAGUCAAAGUUCCUCAAUCCACUUCGACAGCCACGGAUUCAAUUUCACAGCCGCAACAAACACACAUCAAUUUCGCUUCAACCCGCCACAAUCCGCCCCACCCUUCUGCCACUAUGCACUUUUUCCGGCAUACCCACUUCACGUUUCCGACCUCAAACGAGUUUACCCAAGUUCCUUUCACAAAAGAUUGCAUCUUUACUAAUUGGGUCGUUCAUCUUCUUCAUGGGUUGUUGUCUCAGCAAAAACACUGCUUUUGCAGUAGCAGCAGUGCCUUCGGUAAUGGAGGAGAAGAUGGAAGCCAUGGAAGGGAAAAGCGAGGAGGAGGAAAUGUACGAGAAGCUUUUGGAGAAGGAUUCCAGAAACGUUGAGGCUCUCAAGGUGAUUGUGUAUGGGAAAAUCAGGAGAGGGAAGUGUAAUGAGGCAGUGAAGUUUGUGGAGAGUUUGAUUGAUUUGGAGCCGAAUGAGGUUGAGUGGAAGCUUUUGCUGGCACUCUGUUAUGAGACAAUGGGGGAGUUGAGUAAGGCUAAAACUUUGUUCAGGGAAAUCCUGGAGAAAAUGCCUCUUCAAGUCAGAGCUUUGCAUGGUCUGGCUAUGGUGAUGCACAAAAACCAUGAGGGUCCUGCUGUAUUUGAAAUGCUGAAUAAGGCUCGAGAGUUAGCUUCUAAUGAAAACAGAGUUACAGAGGAGAGAAAUAUAAGGAUCUUAAUUGCACAAAUGCUUGUUGUACAGGGUAAUUUGGAGGAGGGCUUAAAAAGAUUUCAAGAUUUGAUUGAUGAAAAUUAUCGAGAUUUUCGGCCUUAUUUUUGCCAGGGAAUAAUAUACAGUCUCCUGGAUCAAAAGGAGGAAGCAGCACGGCAGUUUGAAAUAUACCAAACUCUUGUGCCUGAAGAGUUUCCUCAGAGGGGAUUUCUUGAUGAUAUUGCCUUAACAGCACAAAGAACAUCCCGAGAACAGUUUCAAAAGGAAUUGGGAGAUCAAUUUUCUUACAGGAAGUAAGAAUGAAUAUAUAUAUAUAUAUAUAUAUAUAGGGAGCAUAUCAGGUGAGAUAAGUGGUUUAUGGUGAGAGGUGAGAGCAUUAAAUCACACCCAUUGAAUUUAAAUAGACUGUACAGAUUCAACUCUCUCAUUAAAAGCUCACGUGACUCUUGUUUUUAUCGCACAACAGCUUUAAUUUUAUCUUUUGCUUUUUUAGUUUUUAACUUUUUAUACACAGAAGCCGCUUCCAGCCCAAAAGUUAUCAGAAAAAAAAACUUCCAUGAAAGUCAAUUUCACAAAUCUCCUCCAUGGAUCUAGUAGAUAAUUUAUUCCCCUUAUAAUUUUCGUAUUAGAGUCACAAAUCUCCUCUAAUGACAUGGUGGGUGGCAAAAAUUGUCUGAUCACCAUUUUUUCCGGUAAGACCUCCACCGGAGUGAAAUUAGGAAAGCUGCAAACCUCCACCCAUCCUGAGAAACUCUCUGAUCACCAUUUUUUCAGGCAAAACCGCCACCGAAACUCCGUGGACUAGCUCUAAGAUUGAACCACAAACACCCAAUCCACUAACCACCACCGCGACCAGCUCCGAUUCAUUCCCUCCACCGCUAAAAGCCUCCGAUCUGCCGCACCCACUCACUCCGGGAACCAUCUGAGCAACCUCAUGCUGUAGAUCGGCGGGUCAACCGUCAACAACAGCCACAACAUGUUGUUCGUGAAAUCUGUGAGUUUGUCAUGGUGGUUCCGACCUCCCGGAUGACGGUGGCGCUGUUCCAGAUCUCGUCAUCGGUGAUUUUGAUGAGGAAACAGUCACAGGGGAGCAAGGAUAGGAAUAGGGAAGGUGGGACUGAGGGAGAAUGAAGAUGGGUCCGUUGGAGGGGGAGAAUAAGGAAGAAGAUGAAAACUGGUUGAGAAAAAAGGAAUGAACAGAAAAGAAGUCACGUGCAAUUUUAAAAGUGAGAUCAGAUCUGGACCAUUUAUUUUGAUCGAAUGGAUAGUAAUUAAUGCUCUCAUCUCUCACUAUAAACCACUCCUCUCACCUGAUAUGCUCCCUAUAUAUAUAUAUAUAUAUAUAUAUAUAUAUAUAUGAUGUUUUCUUCUUAUCUGUCAUGGCAAUAAUUAGUAAUGCAAUGCAGUAGCAGACUCUUGUGAAGGCCUAAAGUUAGACCUUUUAGGGUUCCUUUGGUGGGCUGAAUAAGGAGAUAGGAUAGAAUAACUUAAUCAUUUCGUACUGUAAUGUUGCGCCCGCAAGAUAGGAUAACGAAAUCUAGUUCAUUAUCCUAUCCUGUCCAUCAUCAUAGAGUGUAUAGCAUAAUAUUUCUUUUCGUCUUGUAGUGCAUGAUUUGGAGCAAUAGGAUCUGCUUGUUUUGCUCUAUUUAAAUCUGUAUAUCAUUCUUUAAGUAUGGUGCUUUAUCUUUACAACCUUAUUGACUUUAGGAUUUGGGUCCAUAUGUGGUACAAAACUCAUUAUUAUUUUGUAUCUCUUAUUAA